AGUUGGUAUGCAGAGUGGCUCCUGUGGUCUUCCCAGGGUCGAAGCAGCAGCUGGCAGACAAAGAGGAUGGCAGUAAGAGCACUCGGGACAACUGUAAAUAACAAACACUGUUGAAAAGGGAAGAAAAUCAAGCCAGAAAUCAAAUAUUUUCCAUUUCCUUCAGAAAACUACACAAUUCUCCUCUUCCAACAGUUGUUAGACAAAAGAGAGAAAAUCAAGAAAGAAUAAACAGAUUAUGCAGAACUCAAAGAUGCACUACAUGAAAAGUGAAGAGAGAUUAUUUAUCCUUCAGCAAAAGAGGGAAAUAUCUGGAGGUCACUGGGGAGGAAAAGGUCAAUAGUAAAGUCACGUAGAGCAGACAGUAAUUCAAGCCUCUCCCUGUAAGGAAGAAAACGGCUUGAAUGAAAGCACCACUAAACAAGGCAUUGUCCAUAUUUUUUAUCUCCUCAAGAAUAUCAUCUGUGGAAAAGCUCCACAGCUGUGGACAAGCACAGAUUGCAAAUCACAGCUGAUUAUGCACAAGAGGAGCCAGAGAGGAGAAAAACCAUACAAAUUACUUUAUUGUGGUAAAAGCUUUGGUCACAACAGCUCCCUUGUGGUUCAUGGAAGCACCCAGACACAAUAGGGAAGCCACAAAAGUGCUCCCAAUGCACUAAAUGCUUUAGUGAGCAUGGCAACAUGGUGCUACAUCAGAUAACUCACAGGAGGGAGAAAAGGUAUGACUGUGCAGAUUGUUUGAAAGUUUCAUUAGAAAUUCCCAGGUCAUGAGACACUAAAGGACACACACACAGGAAUAAAAACCAUUUGAACAUCCUUUCUGUGGGAAAAGUUUCAGUGAGAAUUCCAUCCUGGUGAAGCACCCGAGGACUCACACAGAAAAGAAAACCUUUGAAUUUCCUGAUCCUGGAAAAAAUCAGUCACAAUUUAAGUCUGGUGACACAUCAGUAGAUUGACUCUAGGGAGAAACUGUAUGAGUGUCUAAUUAGUGGGGAAAGCUUCAUUACAAAUUUCCAUCUCACACCACCAGAGAACUCACACAGAGAAAACCUUUGAAUGUUCUGAUUAUGGGAAAAUCACAAUUCCAGCUUGAUGAUACACCAGAAGACUCACAUAGGGGAGAAAUGUUUUGAAUGUCCUGAUUGUUGGAAAAAUUUCAAUUAUAAUUCCAACUUGGUGAUAGACCAGAGGAAUCAUAAAGGAGAAAAACCCGUUCAGUAUACAGACUGUGGGAGAAGUUCCAGUUUGUAAUUUCCACCUGCCAAUACAUCAGAGGAUUCAUUCCAUGGAGAAAUCUUAUGAAUGUCGAGAUUGUGGGAAAGCUUUCAAAAGAAAUUCGCACCUCCUGAGACACAAGAUCACGCACGCAAGAGAGAAACCUUUUGAAUGUCCUGACUCUGGGAAACUUUACAGUCAGAAUUCCAGCCUGGUGAUACACCAGAGGACUCACACAGGGGAGAAAUUGUAUAAUUGUCCUAAUUAUGGGAAGAGUUUCAUUACAAAUUCCCACCUGGUGAUACACCAGAGGACUCACACGGGAGAGAAGCCCUUUGAAUGUCCUAUCUGUGGGAAAAGCUUUAGUGAUAAUUCCAAUCUGCUGACACACCAGAGGAUUCACACAGGAGAGAAACCCUUUGACUGUCCUGACUGUGGGAAACGUUGCAGUCAUAAUUCCAGCCUGAUGAGACACCAGAGGACUCACACAGGAGAGAAACCCUUUCAAUGUCUUAUCUGUGGGAAAAGCUUUAGUGAUAAUUCCAAUCUGCUGACACACCAGAGGACUCACACAGGAGAAAAACCCUUUGAAUGUCCUCUUUGUGGGAAAUGUUUCAAUAGAAAUUUCAACCUCAUAAUACACCAGAGGACUCACACAGGAGAGAAACCCUUUGAAUGUACUAUCUGUGGGAAAAGCUUUGGUGAUAAUUCCAAACUGGGGAUACACCAGAGGACUCACACGGGAGAGAAACCCUUUGAAUGUCCUAUCUGUGGAAAACAUUACAGUCAUAAUUCCAGCCUGGUAAAACACCAGAGGACUCACACAGGAGAAAAAUACUUUGAAUGUCCUGAUUGUGAGAAAAGUUUUACUGAGAGUUCCAGCCUGGUGAUACACCAGAGGACUCACACAGGAGAGAAACCCUUUGAAUGUCCUAUUUGUGGGAAAAGCUUUGGUAAUAAUUCCAACCUGGUGAGACACCAGAGGACUCACACGGGAGAGAAACCCUUUGAAUGUCCUGACUGUGGGAAACGUUACAGUCAUAAUUCCAGCCUAGUGAAACAUCAGAGGACUCACACAGGAGAGAGACCCUUUGAAUGUCCAGACUGUGGGAGAAGUUCCAGUUUUUUCAUUACAAAUUCCCACCUGGUGAUACACCAGAGGACUCACACGGGAGAGAAGCCCUUUGAAUGUCCUAUCUGUGGGAAAAGCUUUAGUGAUAAUUCCAAUCUGCUGACACACCAGAGGAUUCACACAGGAGAGAAACCCUUUGACUGUCCUGACUGUGGGAAACGUUGCAGUCAUAAUUCCAGCCUGAUGAGACACCAGAGGACUCACACAGGAGAGAAACCCUUUCAAUGUCUUAUCUGUGGGAAAAGCUUUAGUGAUAAUUCCAAUCUGCUGACACACCAGAGGACUCACACAGGAGAAAAACCCUUUGAAUGUCCUCUUUGUGGGAAAUGUUUCAAUAGAAAUUCCAACCUCAUAAUACACCAGAGGACUCACACAGGAGAGAAACCCUUUGAAUGUACUAUCUGUGGGAAAAGCUUUGGUGAUAAUUCCAAACUGGGGAUACACCAGAGGACUCACACGGGAGAGAAACCCUUUGAAUGUCCUAUCUGUGGAAAACAUUACAGUCAUAAUUCCAGCCUGGUAAAACACCAGAGGACUCACACAGGAGAAAAAUACUUUGAAUGUCCUGAUUGUGAGAAAAGUUUUACUGAGAGUUCCAGCCUGGUGAUACACCAGAGGACUCACACAGGAGAGAAACCCUUUGAAUGUCCUAUUUGUGGGAAAAGCUUUGGUAAUAAUUCCAACCUGGUGAGACACCAGAGGACUCACACGGGAGAGAAACCCUUUGAAUGUCCUGACUGUGGGAAACGUUACAGUCAUAAUUCCAGCCUAGUGAAACAUCAGAGGACUCACACAGGAGAGAGACCCUUUGAAUGUCCAGACUGUGGAAAAGGUUUUAGUCAGAAUUGCCACCUGGUGACACACCAGAGGACUCACACAGGAGAGAAACCCUUUGAAUGUCCUAUCUGUGGGAAAAGCUUUGGAAUUAAUUCCAGCCUGGUGAUACACCAGAGGACUCACACAGGAGAGAGACCCUUUGAAUGUCCUAUCUGUGGAAAACAUUUUAGUAAUAAUUCCAACCUGGUGAGACACCAGAGAUCUCAUACUGUGGAGAAAUCUUUGAAAUGUCCAGUCUGUGGACGUUACUUCAAGCAUAAAUCAUCCCUUAUUGCACACAAGGCAAAAGAAUGCCAAAGAGAGCACUGUGGAGAACUGAAUCACAAGCAGCAUUAAAAGGCAAAGGAAACCAAGGCAGCAAUCAAAAUGUUUUUAGUUCCUCCGGAAAUCCCCAAAAUUCUUCUUCUUCCCCAGCAGCAAGGGGGAAAAGUGUUUUGAGCUGGACAAAAAAAAAAGAGUAUCUGGAAGAAACGUAUCAAAAUAUCAAGGGGCAUAAUUUCCCAGUUUAGAAAAAGAGAGAAAUAGCUGGAAGUCAGCGGGAAGGAAAUGAUCACUUGUAGAGCCAGAUAAGGCAGACCGUAAUGGAGGCCUUGCCCUGUGAGGAAGGAAGCCGUAACUUAACAUAACAUAACAUAACAUCAGAUUUGGAAGGGACCUUGGAGGCCUUCUAGUCCAACCCCCUGCCCAGGCAGGAAACCCUACACCAUCUCAGUCAGAUGGUUAUCCAACAUUUUCUUAAAAAUUUCCAGUGUUGGAGCAUUCACAACUUCUGAAGGCAAGUUGUUCCACUUAUUAAUUGUUCUAACUGUCAGGAAAUUUCUCCUUAGUUCUAAGUUGCUUCUUUCCUUGAUCAGUUUCCACCCAUUGCUUCUUGUUCUACCCUCAGGUGCUCUGGAGAACAGCCCGACUCCCACUUCUCUGUGGCAGCCCCUGAGAUAUUGGAAC